AUGGAUAAAAAUCACAUUUUGAAGAGGGACUCUGAUUUUUUUGUACUGCUGGAAACUUAUGAAUCUUCAUCUUCAUCACAAAAUGUCACAGAUAAUAAUUAUAAUUCAGAUCAAAAUGUGAUAGACGAAGAGUACGAUCCAAAUAAAUUAUAUAACCCUUUUAAUGAGAAUAGAAAAUCAGUAUUUAGUGAUGAUAAUUUCUUAAAAGUCGGCAGUUCAAAAAACCAUAUUUCCUUUUUUGAUAGAUCAUUACAAUCAUCACCAAUUCUACAGGAUAAUUUAAGUGAUAAUGAUUUUGAAGAUCUAAAACAAGGAUUAGAAUUUGCAUUAGGUAAAACAAACGAAGAAGCGAAUUGGUUCCCAGUAUCACAGUCGUAUAAAAAUACAUCACAAAAUAUUUCAAGAGAUAAUAUCAGCUCAGCACCUAGCGUUAAAGAACCUAUACCGACUAAAAUGAACGCUGAUCAUACAUCUAAUAUACCACUUGAAGAUUUAGAUUUUUCCCGACCUAGUUACUCAAGAAGUCAGACCCAACAAUCUCAUCAUUCCACUAAUUCAAGAUCACCUAUAAAAGAAGAAGGAGAUACUAGAUCACUAAAACCACAAAAUUCCAAUAACAGUAAUUAUAUCAAAAAUGAUUAUUUUUAUCAACCAAGUCCAAUACAUCUUGAAGAGGGUCUCCUCAAUCCUGAAAAAAUGAAAGAACCAACUUCUCCAGGUACUUCUCGUAUUGCUGAUGCCAUUGCAAGAAUUUCAAAUCGUAUUGCAGGUACAGGAGAUGGAGAUGUGAAGAAAGAUGACCAUCCUGAUCAAUCUAGUUUGAUAAAUGUACAAUCAAGAGGAAGCUCACAACUAAAAACACCAGUCAAAGAGCAUUUUUCAUUUUUCGAAGAAGAUAAUGAACUAUCACCAUCAAAACAAAGUAUAAAGAAAGAAGUUCCAAAUGUAUCAAUCACUACUGAUAAAGGUGGAUCAAUGUAUAAUGAAACAACAAUAUCUCAGGGGUUAGGUGUUUACCUAAGAAAUUCAAAUCAAUCAAGUCAGGUAGAUAUUAAUAAUGAUGUAGAUGUAACAAGUCAAAUGUCUUUAAUGCAUGAUAUUGAAAGUGUCAAAAAGCCUACUGGCAAAAUAAAACUGAGACUAUAUGGAAAUACAUUAUUCAUUUUCUCACCAAACUCAAAAAUCAGAAGAAUUUGUCAUAAAUUUAUUGAGAACCAAUUUUCAAGUCUGUUCAUAUUGUUCAUAUUAAUUUUACAAGUCUGCUUGCUAAGUUAUAGACAAUGGGAUCCAGCAAAUUUACAAGGUUACUUCGUUGCAGGUUAUAAUUGGGCAGAUUAUAUCUUAAUUUUAAUCAAUAUUAUUUAUACCAUAGAAAUAGCAUUACAAGUUAUAAGUUAUGGGCUUAUAAUUGAUUCAGAAUUGUUUAAAGAGUUGGUUCUUCCUUACCCUUCUGGUCACUUUGAUCAGUUUUGGCAAAAUUUAGGUAACAUUUACAACUUCCUUCUAAAUGUGCCAUUUCUUGGAAAAAAGAAAGGUAAACAUGUUUACAGUGAUUCAAAGCACAAACUCCAUGAAGGAUCUUCAGAAUCAAGUAGUGAUGAUCAAGGUGACGUCAUAAAUGACAUAGAUAUUGAUGAAAGUUUUAAUAAACUUUUAGAAAGAAGGUCAUCUGUAAAUUCUUAUGAUUUAUCCAAAAAAUAUGAAUUCGAUCUGUAUCAUGAUGAAAUAACGUCUCCCAAAAUUAAAACCAUCAAAGAUGAACCACGAUUUAAAUUAAGAUCAACCAAUACAUUUUUCAAAACAGAUCAAGAUAAAAUAAACCCAUCACAAUUGAAAAGAGCGUAUUUAAGAAGUAGUUGGCAUAGAUUAGAUUUUGUAUCUACCUUUUGUUUCUGGAUUUCUUUGCUAUUAUCAAUUGAUCAAUAUGACGCAAAACACCACAUAAUGUUAUUCAGAGCUUUAAGCUGUAUGAGAAUCUUAAGAUUGUGUAAUUUAACUGCAGGUACAACGACUAUUCUCACAGCAUGUAAAAGUGCUAUACCUCAACUAAUUGACGUUUCAAUUUUUAUAGCAUGUUUUUGGUUAUUUUUUGGUAUAAUUGGAGUUCAAUCAUUUAAAUCAUCGUUAACACGUCAUUGUGUAUGGACCAAUCCAAAUGAUUCUUCUGAUACAUAUGUAAAUGAUGAUCUGUAUUGUGGCUCAUUCAUAGGUCUUGAUGGACUGAUCAGAUCAUAUAUAACAAGAGAUGGACAUCCAUCAGGUGUUUUAAAAGGUUAUAGAUGUCCAAUGUAUUCUCGAUGUGUCUCAGGUGAUAAUCCUUAUAAUGGUACAGUUAGUUUUGAUAAUAUCUUACAAUCUUUACAAAUGGUUUUUGUAGUUAUGAGUGCAAAUACAUUUACUGAUAUCAUGUAUCAAACAAUGGAUUCUGAUAAUAUGGCAGCUUGCUUAUUUUUCAUUGGAUGUAUUUUUGUUUUGACAGUGUGGUUACUUAACGUAUUCAUUGCUGUAAUUGUUUCCUCAUUCAAUAUGACAAGAUUAAAAGCCGACGAAGCAAAACAAAGUAUAGCAAAUAAAAAAAUUUUGAAAUUCUUUGGAUUCGAUCAAGAUCCAUUGCUGCACACUGAAAGAAUUAAACAAUUGAAAACCCAAAACGUUUUUCUUAAAUACUACUAUAGAUUUGAAUUUAUAUUUGUUAUUGUUAUUGCAGUAAGCUUAUUUGUUCAAUGUUUUAGAAGUUAUAGUAUGUCGGAUCAUCGUCGUCAUUUAUUAUAUCGAUUUGAAGUUGGUUUUACAAUUGUUUUUUUGGUAGAGAUUAUUAUUAGGUUUUUAUUUUAUUAUCCAAAAUGGAGAGUAUUUUUUCAGAUGAAAAGAAAUUGCUUUGAUUUAAUUUUAGCAAUUAUAUGUACAAUAAUGGUGAUUAACCCGGUUAAAAAUAGGUUGGGCCAUGCUUAUUAUUGGAUGACAGUGUUUCAGUUAAUGAGAUUUUAUAGAGUUGUAUUAGCAACUGCAAUUACAAGAAAUUUAUGGUUGAAAAUAAUGAGUAAUUUUAAAGCUAUUUUUGAUUUAGCUUUUCUUUACUUCAUUUUAUUAUUUUUAAUGAGUAUCAUUAUGUCACGUUAUUUUGAAGGAGCUAUACCAGAAGAUGCUUUGGAUGAUGUUGAUUUUCCCAUGAACACUUUACCCGCUUCAUUUAUUGCUUUGUAUGUUAUAACUUCGACUGAGAAUUGGACAAAUGUAAUGUAUUCACUUCAAGAAUAUGCCACUACUACAUCAUCAAGAUCAUUUGGAUCUGUACUUUUAAUUAUGUGGUUUAUGUUAUCUAAUAUGAUAAUAUUGAACAUUUUCAUUGCUGUUAUCGCAAAAACUUUAGAAGUAUCAGAAGAAGGUAAAAGAAAACAACAAUUGUAUCAAUUCAUUGAGGUAAUGACAAGUAAAUUAACAAAUGUAGAUGAAGGAUCUGGAUUAUUAAAAAAAAUUAAAACAAAACUUUUUAGGAGAAGAGAACGGAAAGAUGAGUUGGAACAAGCCGUAGUUAAUUUAUUACUAAGUGGUACAGCUGUUCAAGAAUUUUUAGAUAAAGAUUUGCAAGAUCAAAUUGUCGAGGAAGACGAAGCUCAAAGUAAAGUCAAUCAAUUACCAUCAAAUGUAGUGCACAGAUGGUUUGUUGUUACUUACUCAAGAAUUGCUAACGCCUUAAAAAAUCCAUUCCAUUCAAGUUUCAACAGUCAAGCAAAUUUCAAGUUGGAUAAUUUUGAGCCUUCAUCAUUUGCCAAAAAUAUAAUUAAAGAAAGAAAUGUUUUAAUUCAUAAGCAAACCGAAUUUUUAAAGAAAAAUCCAAGAUAUAAUUAUGUCUUUUAUAUUAUGGGUCCAAGACAUAAAAUUAGACGUUUAUGUCAAAGAAUGGUGAAACCAAGUUUUGGUGAAAGAAUUGACGGAGUUCCUCCAUAUAGACCUGUUUCUGAAUCAUUAGUCGUGUUAACGUUCAUUGCUACCGUUGGAUUAGUGGUACUUGCUUGUUAUAUGACACCUAUUUUUAGAAUGAAAGAAGCUCACCUGAACUGGAUUUUUUGGUCCGAAUAUACUUUUGCAGUUGUUUUCACCGUUGAAUUUAUUAUAAAAGUUUUAGCGGAUGGCUUCAUCUUUACACCAAAUGCAUAUUGUCGAUCAUCUUGGAAUUUGAUUGAUUUAGUGGUUUUAAUAUCUUUGUGGAUUGAAGCACUUGCUUAUCUUAAAAACGAUGGUGAUUUAUCAAGAAUUGUUCGAGGAUUAAAAGCUUUGAGAGCUUUAAGAUUGUUAACAAUUAGUGAAACUGCUAAAUCCAACUUUCAUAAUACAAUGAUUGCAGGUUUUGGGAAAAUUAUUAAUGCUGCCAUAAUAUCGCUUUGUUUAUUAUUUCCUUUUUCAAUUUGGGGUUUGAAUAUUUUCAAUGGUCGUCUAGGUUAUUGUAUUGAUGGUAAUUCAAAUCUAGAAGAUUGUUACGAUGAAUACGCUGGUGAAGUUUUCAACUGGGAGAUAGUUAGUCCAAAUGUUUAUACAAAUCCUCAAUUAGAGUUCAAUAGAUUUGCAACUUCAUUUGCUACUUUGUUUGAAAUUGUUUCAUUGGAAGGUUGGACCGAUCUAUUAAAAAAUUUGAUGGCAAGUACUGGAGUAGGAACAGUUCCUGAAACAAAUGCUACGCCAUUCAAUGGUUUCUUUAUUGUUUUAUUCAAUUUCAUUAGUAUUGUUUUCAUUUUAACCCUUUUCAUAUCAGUUAUUAUUAGUAAUUAUUCAAGGACUACAGGAAGGGCUUAUAUGACAACAGAUCAAAUUGCUUGGUAUCAAGUUAAAAAAAUAUUAAUUCAAGUUCAACCAUCUAAGAGAAAAGAUCAUAAGUCGUUGUCUAAAUUUAGAAAAUUCUGUUAUAAAAUGACGGUAGAGAAGAACGCUGUUUGGAUAAGAAUUUUGAAUUGUACAUUGUUUUUACACACAAUAGCACUUUUGUUAGAAUGCUUUCCAUCAUAUGAGGGAUUAAAUAAUUUUAGAAUAGCCAUUUAUACAAUUGCAUCUGCUAUUUUUUUCAUCAAUGCUUUAAUGUUAGUAGUAGGUCAAGGGUUGAGAACUUUUGCUCAUUACAAGUGGAAUAUAUUUAAUUUGGUGGUUUCGUUUAGUGCUUUCCUUACAACGUUGAUUGCAUUUGGUACACCUCCAGAAUCACCAUUUGCAAAUUUUAAUAAAUUGUUUUUGGUGAUAAUGCUUUUAUUUGUUAUCCCAAGAAGUAAUAGAUUAUCUCAAUUGUUAAGAUUUGCAUCAGCAUCAUUACCUUCAAUUUUAUCAUUAUCAUUCACAUGGAUUAUAAUAUUUUUGGUCUUUGCAAUUGCUUUAAACCAAAUAUUUGGUUUAACUAAAAUUGGUCCAAAUGGUUCAGGUAACAUAAAUUUAAGAUCAGUACCUAAAACUUUAAUUGUUUUAUUCAGAUGCAGUUUUGGAGAAGGUUGGAAUUAUAUAAUGCAAGAUUAUACUUUGAGUUCACCGUUUUGUACUGCUGAGGAUAGUUUAGAUCGUAAUGAUUGUGGAAGUAAACAGUAUGCAUACAUUUUAUUCAUUGCUUGGAAUAUUAUUUCAAUGUAUAUUUUCCUUAAUAUGUUCAUAUCGUUGAUUUUGGACAGUUUUGACUAUAUAAAUCAAAGAUCAAAUUACAGUUUAUUAAUUCAAAGAGAAGAAAUUAGAAAAUUCAAAAAAACUUGGCAAAAAUUUGAUCCUGAAGGUUCUGGAUUUAUCAAACCAAUUGAGUUACCAAGAUUUUUACAUUCACUAGAAGGUGCAUUAUCGUUUCAUUUUUAUACAGGCCAAUUAGAAAUUAAAGAACUUCGUCGUAGAUGGGUUAAGCAAAAUUCAGAUGAUCCUUAUGAUGUAACUGUUAAUUAUGAUGCUAUUGAAGAAACUAUGGAUCAAAUGGAUAUUGGUAAGAUUAGACAACGUAGAAAAGAUUAUGAAAUGUUUGUUGAAGAAGCAUUAUUGAAUAUGGAAUUGAAUAAUGAUCCAGGUAUUUCAUUUACAAGAAUUAUUUUGCAACUUCCAUUAUACACUACUUUUGAUACCGGUACAUGUUUCAAUUUAAUUGAUUAUUUGGAGAGGAGAUUAUUGAUUAGUAAAGUUAUGAAAAAAGUCCACACUAAAAAAGUUUUUGAAACAAUUGCUGCAUAUGCCUGUCGUUGGAAGUAUCAACAAAAUAAAAAACAUGGUAUAAGAGAUGAUAAUAUAGCAUUUGAUAAAGAACUAAAGCGAAACAGUUACUUGGCUAAUGAAAACAUAAAAAUUAACACAAAUUUACCACCUGCAAUUUAUGUCAAUGAUGAAGCAGAAUCUAAUGAAGAAGACUUUGAAAAACAAAUACCAGCUAAAAGAAAUUCAGUCAUUUACGGAGAUCAUAGUAUGACAAGUGGGAUAUAUUAUCCAAAUUCUCCUAUCGUUCAUACAUCCAAUAAUAGCAAUAAAUUGAGAUCCCCAACAAGAUCAAAAAGACCAAGUUUAACAAUAAAUGUUCCGUCAAUGAACGAAGUAAUCGAUGAUGAUAUAACAAGAUCACCAUUUGAAGAUGAAAAUCAAGAUCCAUUUGAAGAUGAUAAAAUUCAGGAAAUUUUAGAAACUUCAUCAUGGAGAGAUGCCUUAGAGGAAGUUAGAUCAACAAAUCAAAAGAAAAAAAAAUAG